AUGACAAUUCUUGAAAAGGUUUAUUUAGCAAAUGUUUUAUUAUAUUUUUCUGAUUAUGUUGACUUCCUUCAAUUUUCUUUUAUUAAUUCAAAAUGUCAAGACACAUUACAUAUUAUAAAACAAUUUCCUUAUGGAAUAAAAUUAAGUAAAAAACUUUAUCAAGUUUUCAAAAUGAAUAAAAAAGUUAAUAAAAUACUUGAUAUUAUCCCAAACAUUGAAAGUAUAACUGUUCCCAAUGUAUUAUAUGUUUCAAUAAUUAAUAAAAAUAUUCAACAAUUAGGGAUUGAAAGAAUAACUGUUCCACAGAUUAUUCAAUUAAAACAAUAUGAUAGUAUAGUUUCAAUAAAAAUAAUUAUAGGUUAUAACGAGUUUAUAGAUUUAACACCAUAUCAUCAAUUAAAACGAAUUUAUAUUGUUGAUAUAAAUAAUACAGAUGAGGCAAUGUUUAUUCUUGAUCACCUUAAACGAUAUUUAUUUUUUCGAUAUAAAUCAGUUGGCUUUUCUGUUCAAAAAAUAUAUGAUAGAUUAAAAGAUUGUGAUAUUGAAAAGAUUAUUUUUGAUAUUAUAAGUGAUGAAGAUAACAAUAUUUCAAAAUCAAUUCUUCGUAGAUUACCUCAUGUAUUUUUUUAUAAAAGAGUAUUUUCUGGUAAUGAUACAGACUUUCAGUUAUUCACUUAUCAUGGAAAAAAUUUAAAAGUUAUAAAUGAAUCAAGAAAUUUAACUACACAAUUUAAUGCAUUAUACUUUCCUUCUAAAUUAUCUUUUAAAACAAUCCCCUCUUAUAUUCAAAAUUUUACUCAAUUAACUUCUAUAUCAAGUGAUUAUUGUGAUAUAUCUAAUCUUCCAAAUAAUAUACUCUCUUUUAAAACAAUGUCAUAUAAUCAAUUAAUGUUUCCACAAACAUUAAAUUCAUUAACACUUAGAUUAUACAAAAAUAUUAAUAUACCUUCAACUUUAACAUCUUUAUUCUUAGAAGAUAUAACAAUUCCAUUAAAAUGUGAAGAUGAAGAAACAUCAAAUUGUUUUAAUUUAAUAAAAUGUUCAUUACUUAAAGAAUUAAAGAUUCAAUGUUAUGACAUUGAAUUCACAAGUUUAAAGUCAUUACAACAUUUAACUAAGAUAAAUAUUAUUAGAAAAUAUCCAUCAUGUAUUUCAUAUAAUAAUCAAUUAUUCCCAUUAAAACUUCAAGAAUUAAAAUGUGAUGAAUUACUUUUACCAAAAAAACUUAGAAUUAAAAAAUUAAUUAUUGAUUGUUCUUCUACUUCAAGAAUCAAUUUAAUUCAAUACAAUUCAUUAACUUCAUUAAAAAUAUAUUCUCUCUGUCAUAAAAAUAUUCUUCUUCCAUUUUCAUUAAUAAAAAUUCAUUUAAAUAAUUUAUAUAAUAGAAUUGAAACUUUAAAUUUAUCAGAUGAACCUUCUUUAAAUCAAAUUAUUAUAGAAAAUUGUAAAGCUCAAUUAUUUAUGAAAUUACCAGAAGAUUUUGAUUUAUUAUGUAUUAUCAACUCAAGUAAUUGUAUGUUAACAUCAGUAUCAAAUAUUAAUAAAGUACUUAUUCAUUCAUCUUUAAUAGAUACUUCUAGAAUUUAUAGUAAUAUAACAAUUACUAAUUAA